GCGCAGGAACUCCUCAAGUACAAGUACCACAUACUCGCCGGACUCACUCUCGCCGCCGUCCUCUACUCUCUCACCAUCAUCUCGCCUUCUUUCCUUUCCAUUCUCACCUACUUCUGGCCUCUCCUCCUUUCCACCGUGGUCUUCCUCUUUGCCGGCGUCUUCUUCGGUAAGACUUCGUCUCCACCUGGAUCCGACCCCGCCUCCGAGAUGGCCGGCGAAGGCCUCCUCGACUACGUCGCCGGCCAGCCGGAACUUGCCCCUGACACUUAAAAGCGCUGAUCGAUUAGCUUAGUUUGCUAAAAUGGGUAGCAUUUUUUGGGCCAUAAGAAUUUUGAAGCUGCAGCCCAAUGUUAGCCCACUCGUUAAUGGGUCUACUAGUCUGUCUACGGACUGUGACCGCCACCACCAUCACCACCGCUCAGAGUCCUCUGCAAAGCCCAAGACUGAAGCAGCCACUAAAGCCGCUUCUAUAUCUCCAACAACAACUGCCGCAGACAAGAAGCAUAAGGGGAGCAUCUUCUCUCGCAUAUGUUUUCCCGAGGAAGAGGCCAAUAAGAGACGUAAGCUAUCCUCUGAACCUGCAUCUUCUUCUGCUCAUGACAAGGCAGCUUCCAAUGGUUACCACGAUGAACAUAAGUCAUCAUCCUCUGCUGCUGCUGCCCAGGCUGUUUUCACUGGUGUAAAGAAGAGCAGUAGCAGUGCGAUAGAUUAUGAGUCUAGCGACGAUGAGCGGCAUUUCAAGAGGAAGCCUUCAAGGUAUGAAUCAUCACUUCCACCAAUGGCUGAGAGGGAAGAUAAGCCACGGCAUUCAAAGGGGUCUAGAGAACGAGAACGGAGCGGCUAUGGUAAACACAGAUAGAAUGCAGAAUGCUGGCUCUGGUAGUAUAGCUGCACUGCUUGCUUCUGCUUUUUCCUUUUCAUUUUUUUUUAUUCUGGCUGCUGCUGCUGCUGCGUUUGCAUCCUUGGUGCAGAUGAAAAAUUGUUGGCAUAUACACAAGAAACCCACUGAUUUUUUGCAGUAAUGUCAGGUUUUUUUGCUGCCCCUGUUCAAGUAAUCUUCUUGGGUUUGUUUGUUCAUCACAGUAGUUGGGUUUCACUUCUUUUGUUUUUUUGGUGAACUCUAUGUUAUGAAAUUUUGACAUGAUCUACUUGGAUUAAGGGUAAUUGGAUCUUGAUUUAGCUUUGGAUAUGAUUCAUUAACCUCUUGAUUUUCUGUUGCACAUGAUGUACUAUUAAAUUCAGUUCACUUGGUUUUGAACAGUUUCCAUUAUAAUCUGAUUGGUGUUUGUUUUUUAUGUUAUUGAAUUUUUAUGACGAUGGGUUGCUUACUUGAGUAAAUGGGUAUGGGAAAA